AUGAGGAACCGAAUUGUGGAUGAAAAGAUAACCAGGGAGCGAGAAGAAUUUAUUGGGUCGAUCGAGCGACAAGCGAUUUGCGACUUAGCGUCCUCUUAUCAUGACAGUGUGGGAUGCAAGGUCUUCAGGACGACACAUGGGUCUUUCAACGUCUGUUUCUUUGUCGAAUUCAACCCUGUAUCUCCUGGAGGGAAGCCAGACCGAUGGGUGAUACGCAUACCAUUUCCGGGACGAGUCCCAUGGAUCGACGAGAAAAUCGAUUCUGAGGUGGCCACCAUGAAGUUAGUUCUGCUGCUCUGCCCGUUGUAUAUGCGCAAAAACACGACCAUUCCAAUCCCAGACGUAAUUGCAUACUCGUACGUCGCUGAAAGCCCCAUUGGAGUAGCCUUCAUUAUCAUGGAAUGCAUCGAAGGUACGACUCUGCAUGUCCUAGGAUUCCGCCAAGGACAGACGUGGGAAUCUCGAAACCCGUGUCAGCAGAACCCAGGGUUGGCCCAUGUUCAUAACCAGCUCGCAGAUAUGUACAUCCAGCUUCGUGGUCUUGAGUUUCCCGAGAUUGGCGCCCUUGGGAUGCCAACCAUUGCGACUGAAGACAUCAGGAUCCACCAUCAACCACUGCCCAUCGAGGUGCUCCUCCAACACGUCGAAGGCCUUGACCCUUCACAGUACUUUCUGGAAAAGAAGACUUUCAAAACUUCUUCCGAGUACAUCAGAGCCCUGGUUAACCUUGCGUCUAACCAACUAAAAAAGACGCAAGAUCCCGACUUUGGUCCCCAUGCAGAAGGCGCUCGAGACGUUCUUUACGCAUACUAUCACUUCUGCAAGUCUAUAUCUGAAAGGUCGAAAAGGCGUUGGCCAAAGUCGUCGCUGUCUUGGGAGUGGCGGGAUAUGGAGAGCAAUCCUCGCUAUCUAAUCGUUCUAGCCUUGCUCUAUCCAAGCACCAUCAGCGAGGUUUACUAGAACUUUCUCGAUUUCAAACUCCAUCCUAUCAAGUACGAAUCGCCAGAUAGCCUAAUAUGGCACGAGGAAGAAUGUGACAAGAGAUUGAACGGGUGUUUUCGCAGAAUCGCAGGAUUUCAGGGACUUGCUGCAGAGGAAGCUCUCUGAGCAUGAGCGCUUCGACAGCGAAUACCGUCGAUAUCUCGACGAGAACGGAGGAAAACCCGGGUACUGCCAAUGCGAGUGUUGUCGAGAGGAGAGUGAAUGCUUCGAAAGACUGCGAGAGCUUCCCCAGCUGUCCCACACGUCAAGCACGUAGGCCUCCAGAUCGCCUAUUUCCUCUAUCAAGCCCAAGCUCGAUGACUGAGCCGCCGACAAAACAACUAGAGACUCGUUCAGGCAAAAUUCAGAAACCGCGAGCGUAGAUACAUCCAACAACUCUAUAAGUCGU